AUGUAUGGAGUCGUAUUCCGUAAAGACAUCCUCCAAAUCUUGACAAGUGGAAAACAUUGGGGGGCCAGAGUCAUCAUUCCCUUAAAUUCGAUAAUGGACAAAACUUAUGUAGACUUUAACUCUAAACAACCCAUCCUCCGCGUCUCCCUUAAAAUUCGGAAAUGCCCUUUACCUUUUGCCAUUUGGACUUUUCUUCGACGGGCCGGUGAGAUAUGGGCAUUAUCCACAACAGGAAAGUCAUACUUUGUGGGGUCGAGGAUGAAGUUGGUAUCUUGUGGUUUUGGAAGACAUUAUUAUGAGAAUUCAGCCAUUUCUAAUUUAAAAUUUGCCAUAGAACUACGAAACUCUUUCUUUCCUGAGAUAGCAGUUAUAGUCUAUAGAGAUGUCAAACACAAGGAUGGGUGCUGCUUUUCCCUUGUCAGAGGAUCAAAAUGGCAAGGGAAGGUAAUGGAGGUGGAUCAAAGUGCUGGAUGUCGCAGAGGCAAAGGGCCAAGUCUUCUUGAACUUGCUGGCUCCGCUCUUGGGAAUUCAUGGUGUACUGUCACCGGCAUUGCUUUUAUGACUGGGUUAAGUGGAGCACUUGAGACGCUUUGUGGUCAAGGAUUUGGUGCAAAACUGUACAGAACAUUAGGAAUUCAUCUACAAGCGUCCUGCAUCAUAUCCUUUCUGUGCUCUAUGAUCAUAAGCAUUAGCUGGCUUUACACCGAGCCUUUACUCAUCUUCCUCGGUCAAGAUCCUCAAAUCUCUAAAACUGCUGCUAUUUACUUAAAGUACUCUAUUCCAGGCUUGUUCGCAUUUGGGUUCGUGCAAAACAUCUUGAGGUUUCUUCAGGCACAAUCUGUUGUGAUGCCCCUCGUCCUGCUUUCAGGAAUCCCAAUGUGCAUUCACGUUGGUGUGGCUUAUGCAUUGGUUCAUAAGACAGCUCUUGGUUUCAAAGGAGCUUCACUGGCGGCUUCAGUGUCAUUGUGGAUAUCAGCAAUUGUUUUGGAGUACUGGGCCUUCGAGCUUUUGGUGCUCAUAGCAGGAAUGAUGCCGAACGCUGAGCUAACUACGUCAGUGAUUGCAAUAUGUGUGAAUACACAAGACAUUGCCUACAUGUGUACCUCUGGUCUAAGUGCUACUGUGAGCACAAGGGUGUCUAAUGAGUUGGGAGCAGGAAAUCCUGAUAAAGCUAAGCAUGCCAUGGCCAUGACUCUCAAACUCUCUGUUCUUCUUGCUCUUCUGAUUGUUUUAUCCCUGGCAAUUGGUCAUGAUGUCUGGGCUGGCUUCUUCAGUGAUGACCUUUCCAUUAUAAAAGCCUUUGCCUCGAUGACACCUUUCCUUGCUAUCUCUAUCGCACUUGAUGCUUUCCAAGUUGUGGUUUCAGGUUUCAAGGAUCCUACUUUCGGAUUAUGGAUUGGUUUAAUCUGCGGUCUCUCAUGCCAAACCUGCGCUCUGUUGUUGAUUAUACUGCGUUCAAAAUGGACUAAAAUGGAUCUAUCAGAGCCACGGGAUGAUGGUAAGGAAAAUUCAAACUUGCCUUGA